AUGGCACUCGUUGAUUAUACUUCUUCUUCCAGCGAUGAAGACAACCCCAAAAACUCAACCGCAUCUAAGGACCAAGUCAUAGGAGGAAAACGCAAACAUGACACCAAAGAAUUUGAGAAUCUCCCUCCAUUGCCUUCGAAAUUCCAUGAUCUUUAUGCGUCCACGACGAGGGCUAGUACGAGAGAUGACCCGAGUUUACAUAGUGGCCGAAAAAGAGGGACACCUCACAUUGAGGGAAAUUGGCCGACACAUCUCUACAUCGAGUGGUGUCCUCCGACGACAGAACAUAUAGUAGUGAGCGACUUUUUAGCAAAGCUCAUAGAAGCCACUGCCACUCAAAACGACUUCGCCAUAUGUUCUUUCCUGUCCAGUGACCUCGGGGCACCUUUGCCUCUUCACAUCAGUCUUUCUCGACCCAUAGGCUUGGUUACUGCGGACAAAGAAAACUUUGUUGAGCUGUUGGAGCGGGUGAUCCGUACAUGUGGAAUUCGGCCCUUCGACGUCACCAUCUCAGGCGUAGAUUGGGUUUCGAAUUUUGAUAACACGCGCUGGUUUCUUGUUCUAAGGUUGCUGAAACCUCCUCACGACGGUUUGAACAAACUUCUUCAUUUGUGUAACGAUGCCGUCGGAAUAUUUGGCCAGCCCCCGCUGUAUGCAAGAAAGCUGCCACAAGACACUCCAAGCCCAAAGAGACUCCGGAGGCCAGAUGGCAAGAGCACAAGUUCGAGUAAGGCACCAACGAUUGCAUCCGAUUGGACAGGCCUUGGGGAUCCUUCAAGCGCAUUCCAUAUCAGCAUAGCUUGGGCGUUGAAAGCUCCUUCUCAGGAAACGAAGGAUAUCACAAGCGAUCUGUUCCAAAAACACAACAGUCAAUUAUCCCAAAUUCAUGUUCCCAUCAACGAAAUAAAAGCUAAGGUGGGUAACGUCGUAACGAACCUGACAUUAAGAGCAGGCGGGGGAGAGGGAACCAGUCUCUUUGGGAUCUGA